GUCGUUGCCACGCUGCUGCAGGUCAACCCAAGGCACCGGCCCUCCGUGGACCAGCUGUGCCAGAUGCCGCUGAUGCGCCGGCACAUCCCCGAGCUAGGCGGUGCUGGCCCCGAGUUCAAGCCGACGGACCUGCUGAGCACCAUCAAGCUGCCCGCCAACGCCAUCGACAUCUCGGGCAUGCUCCCGCAGGCCAGGUACGACCUGCCGAAGGUCCUCGACGAGGGGAUGUCGGACGACGGCGCAGGCGGCACCCGCGGCAGCGGCCGCUCCCGAGGGAUGCAGAGGAGCCCCCGGCAGUACAGCAGGGCCGAGCUGGACGCGCUGCCGAAGCCGCUGGGUGCGCCAGGUGUGGCGCGUGGGGACACGGGGGCCACGGCCAACUCUGUCCAGCGGGACCAGGACGGCCGAAGUGGGAGCCCCCGCGGCGGCUCUUACGUGCCGUCCCAUUCAGGCGAGCACGACGCCCUCGACGCGUUGCGUAAGCAGCACCAGAGGGCCCUCCCGCCCGUCUCGAGGCAGCCCUCCGGAUCGCACGAGGACUCCGAGCUGCCCCCGGUGCAGCCCCGGCUCUAUCAGCCGAGGAGCGAGGCGAGCAGUUUGGCCGGGCCCUCGCAGGCCGGCCGCGCCGUGGAGGGGCGCGGGCGCUACAACCCGCGGCCGCAGGGGUACGAGGCUCGGCGGCCGAUGGCGCAGUAUGCGCGGCAGCAGUACAGCCUCGGCUCCCAGCAGGGCGGCGGCCAACAAAGGCCCCAG